AUGACGACUGAUUCCCCUUCUUCGGUAGACUAUACCAAGUAUGCCGGGUCGCCGUUCGCGCGGGCGGUCCGUUGGCUUCACCACAUCGUCCGUGGCCUGUGGGUGUUUACCACGGCCUACACUCUGAAUCCGGCUCUUCGGCUAUUAUGCCUACUAUUCAGCCUGCUGGCCGAUCUGACAAUCUGGCCCACGGUACAGCUGCUGCAGUGCACUCCAUUCUACCCUUGGCUCGUCAAUUUCUGUGUCGAGCAUCGCGGCUGGUUUCUCGCCUUCACCAUGGUGCCGCUCUCCUUCGCUCAUGACCAAUACGCACGCGUCCGUAACUUGUACUCCCGGGCCUUCCUGGCCACGCCGCACCUGCACGAUGCACGCGUGCGCGAGGUGCAGCAGCAGGUCCGCGCGUGGAACGCCGCCGGUCGUAGACGAUUGAUGGUUACUGCCCGGCCUCCUUGGCUCUCUGUCAGCCUCCGCGUCGAGUCGUACAAGGACAGCUGCGAGCGGAUCCGCGUUGAUCUGCCCAACAUCCUUGAGGUGAACACGACGCGGAUGACGGUGCGUUGCGAGCCUAUGGUCAACAUGGGCCAAAUCACCCAGCACCUCCUCCCAAUGGGCUACGCCCUGGCCGUUAUGAUCGAGAUGGACGACCUGACGGUUGGCGGGCUGCUGAUGGGCGUGGGCGUCGAGGUCAGCUCACAUAUCCACGGCUUCUUCUCAGAGACGGUCCACGCCUGCGAGAUGGUGCUGGGCAACGGCUCCCUCGUACGUUGCUCACGUACAGAAAAGGCCGAUCUGUUCCACGCGCUGCCCUGGAGCCACGGUACGCUGGGAUUCCUUGUCGCUGUCGAUUUGACUAUCGUCCCGAUAAAGCCGUUUGUGCACAUGAGGUAUAUCCCGUGCCAUAGUUCGGACGAGCUGCUAGAAAAGCUAACGACGUUGACGCACGCACCAAAUACGCCGCCGCUGAUUGAGACUACUAUAUACAGCAAGGAUACUGCUGUCAUCUUUGUUGGCGAGUUCAGCGAUGGGCCGCCGGCUGGUCAUGUCGAUCGCAUCAACGACGUGGGGAACCCGUGGAAGCCCUGGUUCUACGAGCACGUUGAGUCGUUCUUGUGGCACGGUCCGGGCGAGGACUGGAUCCCGCUCAGGUCGUAUUUCCAUCGCCACACGCGCAGCAUCUUCUGGGAGCUGCGUGAGGUCAUCCCUAUUUCCACGUACUGGUGGUACAAGUACGUCUUCGGCUGGAUGGGACCGCCCAAGAUCGCCUACCUCAAGUUGUCAUCAGCACCGGCUAUCCGCGAGGCGUCUGUCUUCAAGCAUGUAGUGCAGGACAUUAUAGUUCCGUUGCGUCACCUGAAGGACGCUAUCAGUGUCUACCACGACGCAUUCGAAGUCUACCCGCUGCUCUUCUACCCGGUACGUAUCUACAAACAGCCAGCCGGCCUGCAGGGGGCGCUGCACGAGCCUCGCCAUCUGAGCACCCAUCCAGUGACCGGCCGUCAGUAUGAAAUGUAUUUUAACCUCGGCGUGUACGGCGUGCCGCCCAAAGUGAAGCGUAAGGAGUUCUGGGAUGCUAUCAAGGAGGUGCGACAGGUAGAGAAAUUUGCCCGCGAUCGUUGCGGCUACCAGCUCCUCUACACUGACAGCUUCAUGACCCGGACCGAGUUUGAAGAGGAUAAGAGGCUUCACCAUACCCGCUGUCAUUAUGCCGAGACUAGACAAAGGAUGGAAACGAUUGUUUCGGCCAGCGUCUCAUCCGCCGACUGGGACGCGACUGCUAAAAACAGUAUCAAAGAAGCUUUAGAUGCUGGAUUUCUUGUCAUUGCCGAGUCCACAAUAUUCCACUUUCAAGGCGCCGGCCGACCGAGCGAUGCUGGGAAGAAAAGUCAGCUCUCCCGACGGGCAUCGACCUUGACCAUACCGUCUGUCCAAACUCUCGUCCGGAGCGAUAUUGGACGACUGGGCAAGGACAUACGUGAUCUGCCUUUACAUAUUCACGACGUAGGCCUCGGAGGGAUACCGCGCCUGCGAGACAUCAAGGCAUAG